AUGGCAAAAGAGGAGGACGUGAUUGAGGUAGGCAGAGAUGUUGAGAGGGAGUAUCAGCACGAUGAGAAGCCCGAUCUCUCAGGCGGGGCUCAGGAGGUGGUUGGGAUGCAAGAGCUCGAUCCAGCUUUGGACCGAAAGAUGCACCUGGUCAACAAUGCACUGGACGAGAUUGGCUGGACCAACUAUCACCUGAAGCUCUUCUUUCUCAACGGUUUUGGAUAUGGUGUAGACGCACUACAACUGUCGCUCCAGGGCAUCAUUGCCGUCCAAGCCGUGCUCGAAUUCAAACCUUCAUAUGACAAAGGCCUGACUAUUGCUCUAUAUAUGGGAAUGCUGGUAGGAGCCCUGUUCUGGGGCUUCUUUGCCGAUAUCAUUGGCCGCAAGAUUGCAUUCAACAUCUCUCUUUUUAUCUGCUCAGUCUUUACAAUCGCAGCAGGCGGGGCUCCCAACUGGGCUGGACUCGGUGUUCUGAUAGCCGUGGCCGCAUUUGGUGCUGGUGGAAAUCUUAUUCUUGAUACCGCCGUCUUUCUCGAAUAUCUUCCUUCAAACAAGCAAUGGCUUCUCAGCUUGUUGCCUGCUUGGUUUGGUAUAGGAUGUACCAUUGCUGGACUGGUUGCUUGGGGAUUCAUGCCGAAUUUCUCAUGUGCCGAUGCGAGCGACUGUACCAGAGCAAACAAUAGCGGCUGGAGAUAUCUCAUGUACACCAUGGGAGCCUUUAUUGCAGUUCUAGCUGUGGCUCGAGUCACUGUCAUCCGGCUUCAAGAAACUCCAAAGUUCCUCUUAGGUCAGGGUAGAGACGAGGAAGUUGUAGAAAAUCUUCAAGGAAUCGCCAAGAAAUACAAUCGCCCAUGCCACAUCACAGUUGAGCAACUACAAGCUUGUGGAACUGUUAACUCGGCUCACUCGAACAAUCGCUUUUCAGUUGGAGAGUUUUUGAUCCAUUUGCGCAGCUUGUUUCUCACAAAGAAGAUGGGUUUCACGACAAUUCUUCUAUGGCUCUCUUGGUCCAGCAUUGGUCUUGCUUACCCCUUGUUCAAUGUCUUUCUGCCAUACUAUCUGGCCAGCCGAGGAGUCGAGUUUGGAGUUACAAGCACCAAUGAGACUUGGAGAAACUAUGCUCUCGUUCAAAUCUGUGGAAUAUUUGGACCGAUUCUCGGUGCCGUUAUGUCCAACUGGAGGCCUCUAGGAAGAAAGUACACCAUGGUUAUAGGCGCGUUGGUCACUAUGGCGUUCUUCUUUGCGUACUCCCAAGUCAAAUCACAAAAAGAAAACAUUGCUUACAGCUGUGUUAUCUCGUUCACUCUCGAGAUCUACUACGGUGUCCUCUACGGAUACACUGCUGAGUCUCUGCUCUCUGCCCAUCGUGGUACGGCCAACGGUAUUGCCGUUGCUUUCUGUCGAUUGGCUGGAGCGUUUUCGGCUGUUGUAGCUACGUACGCCGAUCCAACAACCACAGGUCCCGUCUUUGUAUGUGCAGCUCUCUAUGGAGGACUUGCUUUGUUUGCAGUCUUGUUUCCGUUUGAGCCUUAUGGCAAGCGAGCAGCUUAA